UAUUAGUCAAAUCAAUAAGUGGGAGGGCCCAGAGUAUGAUGGUGCUUUUAGUGCCUUUAUAAAGACUCAGACCACUUGGGUGCUAAAUGUGCAAUUCUGAGUUUGUGCAGAACAUGCAAAGAAGAAAUAGGUGUAUCAUCAUGUUUAUAGAGAUGAGGUUGGUGUCGUUGUGGGUAAUGUUGUUGGUUUUGGCUAGUGAGUGCUAUGGGUGCUUGGAGCAUGAGAGGGUUGCUCUUCUGCAACUAAAAGCUUAUUCCAUCAAACACAACAAUGUCCUCCCAACGUGGGUGGAGGCUUGGGAGGGUGAAACGACGACUGACUGCUGUAAGUGGCAAAGAGUCAAGUGCAAUGCUACAACAAGGCGAGUGAUCCAACUCUCACUCAAUUCUGCAGAGAAUUAUUAUUAUUGGUACUCAGGAGAUUGGUAUCUGAAUGCCUCCAUGUUUCUUCCAUUUGAAGAACUUGAAAGUCUCGACUUAUCAUACAAUGGAUUAGCGGGUUGGCUUGAGAAUGAAGGUUUUGAGAAGUUGGGUGAAUUAACAUCUCUAAAGUCUCUAAAUCUAACUUCUAAUCGUUUGGAGGGAACUAUUCAUAUUAAUGAUCUUAAAGGUUUGAAUAACUUGGAGCAGCUUGAUAUUAGCGAUAAUCAGUUUGAUGGUUUCAUUACUCAUUCAGGUUUUGAAAGACUAUUUGUGUUAAGCAAGUUGGAGCUACUUAGAUUGGAUUGGAAUUCAUUCAAUAAUAGUAUCCUACCAUCUCUAGGUGUGCUCUCAUCACUCAAGACUUUAUCCUUAUCUGGAAACAGAUUGAAUGAAUCAAUUGAUGUAGGAGAAUUCUGCAAUAUGAACUUAAAGGAGCUGGAUUUGAGUAACAAUGUUAUAGCAGAUAUAAAAGGUUUUGAACGACUAUCUGUGUUAGGCAAGUUGGAGCUACUUAGAUUGGAUUGGAAUUCAUUCAAUAAUAGCAUCCUACCAUCUCUUGGUGUGCUCUCAUCACUCAAAACUUUAUCCCUACAGGGAAACCUUUUGAAUGGAUCAAUUGAUAUAGGAGAAUUCUGCAAUAUGAACAACUUAGAGAAGCUGGAUUUGAGUUACAAUUCAAUAGAAGAUAUAAAAGGUUUUGAAAGACCAUAUGUGUUAGGCAAGCUGGAGCUACUUGAUUUGAGCUACAAUUCAUUCAAUAGUGGAAUCGUACCAUUUCUUUGUGUUCUCUCAUCACUCAAGACUUUAAACUUACGGGGCAUCAAUUUGAAUGGAUCAAUUGAUAUAGGAGAAUUCCAUAAUAAGAGCAACUUAGAGGAGCUGGACUUGAGUGCAAAUCACAUAGACAGCAUAAAAGGUUUAAAGAGUUUAAGCAAGCUAAAGAUGUUGAACCUUCGAUGGAAUGAAUUGAAAGGACUAGUUACUAAUAAUGGGUUGGAUGGAUUAAAACACUUACAGGAGUUGUAUUUGGAUUAUUCAUCCAUUGACAAGAUCUUUCUUCAUAAUGUUGGAGUAAUGUCCUCCCUAAGGGUGCUGACAUUGCGGAAUAUUAGCCUUAACGGAAGCCUACCUAACCAAGGUUGGUGUGAACUUUCUAACCUCCAAGAGUUGGAUCUCAGUGAGAAUGGUUUUAAUGGAAUGCUUCCCUCAUGUUUGGAAGACUUAACAUCAAUUCGAAUAUUGGACCUCUCUUUCAAUCAGUUCACUGGAAAUCUUACUUCAUCUCCCCUUAGUAAUCUCCCAACACUGGAAUUUCUUAGCCUUGCAUAUAACCAUUUCGAAAUCCCAGUCUCAUUUAUUUCAUUUUGUAACCAUUCAAAGCUUAAGGUAUUUUUAGGUGACAACAACAGAUUGAGUGAUCAAAUUGAGCUUCAAACAUGGAUUCCUAAGUUCCAACUGAAGGUUCUCAGUUUAUCAAACUGUGGAUCAAACAAUCUUGGUAUGAAAUUUCCACAUUUUCUCUUUUACCAAUAUGACCUCAGAAUAGUUCAUCUAUCACACAACUCGGUCGAAACAUUCCCAGUUUGGUUGUUAGAAAAUAAUACUCAAUUGAAAGUUUUUCAUCUAAUAAAUUGCUCUCUCAUUGGGCCUUUCCUACUGCCAUCAUAUCGUAAUCCCCAUGUCAUUUCAAUUGAUAUUUCUGACAAUCAUCUUGAGGGCCCAAUUCCAACAAAUAUAGGUUCGAUCUUUCCAAAUUUGUUGAAUUUAAAAACAUCUAGAAACCUUAUUCAAGGUCACAUUCCUACUUCUUUAGGUGAUAUUCACUCCUUGGAGAUUUUGGACUUAUCUAACAAUAAUUUGUCUGGCCAAAUAUCUCUUUCGUUUGUAAAUUUAACCAGAUUGAGAUACUUGUAUUUGGACAAUAAUCAUUUCACAGGCAAACUUCCAGAUAGUGUAUCUAUUCCCCUUUUUUUGGAAGCACUUGGUAUUAGCAACAACCACAUGUCUGGAAAGCUUCCAAGAUGGAUGGGGAACAUGUCCGUUCUGACGGGAAUUGCUAUGUUCUCAAAUCAUUUUGAAGGUCCUAUUCCAGUAGAGUUUUGCAAACUUAGUAAUCUUCAAUUUUUAGACGUUUCAGAUAAUAACCUGUCUGGUUCUAUACCGUCUUGCUUCAACCAAUUGACAGUAAAACAUGUCCACUUGAACCAAAACCAGUUGAGCGGUCCAAUGACGCAUGCAUUUUGCAGCAGUUCUUCUUUGGUGACAUUAGAUCUUAGUGAUAACCACCUAAAUGGUACUGUUCCCAAUUGGAUUGGAAGCCUUCAUGUGUUGAGCAUUCUUCUCUUAAAAUUUAAUAAUUUUGAAGGUGAAAUUCCAGUUCAGUUAUGCCAGUUGAAACAAUUGAGCAUAUUAGACCUUUCUGAAAAUAACUUUUCUGGUCCCAUACCUCUUUGUUUUCGUGAAAUACCUUUUGAGACAACCCAUGAAAAAUCUUCUCUAGAAACUAUAUAUGAAUUAUAUUUACCAUUUGCAUUGUGGAGCUUUGUUGAGGGGUCAAAGUCACUAGAAGACCAUUAUCCGCGGGAUAGUGCAUAUGAAAAUAUUUUCUUCCACUCUUUGGAUGUCCAACAAAAAGUGGAGUUCACAACAAAGCAUGGAUCCUAUGCAUAUAAAGGCAAUAUUUUGGACUACAUGUCUGGAGUUGAUCUCUCUUGUAACCACUUAACAGGGGAAAUCCCUUUGGAAAUGGGAAACUUGAGCAACAUCCGUGGUCUAAACUUGUCUCAUAACAAUUUAUUCGGAUCAAUCCCAUCAACAUUCUCACAACUAAAGCAAAUAGAAAGUUUGGAUCUCUCUUACAAUAGAUUAAAUGGAAAGAUCCCUUCUCAAUUGAUUGAAUUGGACAAGUUGGAAGUCUUUAGUGUGGCAUACAACAACUUAUCAGGUGCGACCCCAGACCAAAAAGCUCAGUUCGCAACUUUUGAAGAAAGUAGCUAUGAGGGAAAUCCCCUUCUCUGCGGAUUUCCCUUGCAAACCAACUGUAAUAAAACUGUACCAACAUCAACAAUGUCAAAAGGCCUGGAUAGAGAGAUUGAAGACGGUGGUUUCAUAGAUAUGGAGGUUUUCUAUGUCAGCUUUCUAGUCUCAUAUAUUAUUGUGUUGUUGGGGAUUGUUGUAGUUUUAUUCAUAAAUCCUCAUUGGCGACAAGCUUGGUUUCACCUUGUUGAAAUGUGGAUGACCUCUUGUUACUACUUCUUUUUGGACAAUUUUAUGAAGUUUUUUUGCAAUAGAAGUAUGUAAUCUCCUUGAUUAAGAUGCAAGUUCUUGAAUUUGAACCUGAGAAAAUGAAAUAUAUGUUAACUUUCGGGUUUGACCUAUGUUACUAAAUUUUUUUUUUCUAGGAAAGUUUGUUUAAAUAAGUUGCCCUAUAAUUGUGGGUUUUAACAAGAUGUCUAUCAACAUAGAUGUUGUAGUAUUGUCAUGCAAUGACACAAAUUGGUGUGCCAGAUUGAAAAUUCCCAUUAUGAAGUAGACUAGAAUUUCAAGUGGAAUGUUAACACUUCUACCAAUAGAAUUGAGAUGUAUGAACAACUCUUGGCGAAGGCUUUCUUUAAUCUCAUUUCGUGUAUUUUGUUGCCACAAAA